AAUAACAAUCAUUGAAAACGAACAGCAACCCCAGUCGAUUGCUGCUUUAUCGUUUUCAGGCCUUUAUUUUCAGCAAACCGAGGGCAUCAUGACAGAAUUACGACACCGAGGAGCGACGGAAAAAGAGUUGCAGGAGCAGCACUCGGAGGAUAAGGUAACGGAUAAAGAGAAAGGAUCUGAAACAGAGGGCAGGUCAGAGAGAGAUGGAGCAUCAGAUAGUGAGAUUAAACCAGACACAGGUGUUGCUGAAGUUCCUGUUCCUGCUGAUGACACACCAGAGGUUCUCAACAAAGCCCUUUCAGGCCUCUCCUCCCGAUGGAAGAACUGGUGGGUGCGGGGCAUCCUCACUCUGGCCAUGAUCUCCUUCUUUUUCUUCAUUAUUUAUCUGGGUCCAAUUGUGCUGAUGAUGAUUGUGCUGUGCGUUCAGAUCAAGUGCUUCCAUGAGAUCAUCACAAUUGGUUACAGUGUGUAUCAUUCGUACCACCUGCCCUGGUUCAGAACACUAAGCUGGUACUUCCUGUUGUGUGUGAACUACUUCUUCUAUGGGGAAACGGUGACAGAUUGCUUCUUCACUCUGGUGCAGAGGGAAGAGCCUCUACGCAUCCUCAGCAAAUACCAUCGCUUUAUUUCCUUUGCCCUGUACCUCACAGGAUUCUGCAUGUUUGUUCUGAGCCUGGUGAAGAAGCACUAUCGCCUGCAGUUCUAUAUGUUCGGUUGGACUCAUGUGACCCUGCUGAUUGUGGUGACUCAGUCCCACUUAAUCAUUCAUAACCUUUUUGAGGGAAUGAUCUGGUUUAUUGUGCCCAUUUCCUGUGUUAUCUGUAAUGAUAUCAUGGCUUAUAUGUUUGGCUUCUUUUUCGGUCGCACCCCUCUCAUCAAGUUGUCUCCUAAGAAGACAUGGGAGGGGUUUAUCGGUGGCUUCUUCGCCACUGUUGUGUUUGGGAUCCUGCUUUCCUAUGUGAUGGCAGGUUACCGCUACUUUGUGUGUCCAGUGGAGUUUAAUAACGACUCCAACAGAUUCACGGUGGACUGUGAGCCGUCUGAGCUCUUCCAGCUUCAGGACUACGGCCUGCCAUCUGUUCUGCAGUCCAUCACCGGCUGGACCACAGUGAAGUUGUACCCAUUCCAGAUCCACAGCAUCGCUCUUUCUGCAUUUGCCUCUAUCAUGGGACCAUUUGGAGGCUUCUUCGCCAGUGGCUUCAAAAGGGCCUUUAAGAUCAAAGACUUUGCUAACACCAUUCCAGGUCAUGGAGGAAUUAUGGACCGCUUUGACUGUCAGUACCUUAUGGCUACAUUUGUAAAUGUUUACAUCGCCAGCUUUAUCAGAGGGCCAAACCCUACUAAAGUUAUCCAGCAGCUUCUUGCUCUGAGACCAGACCAGCAGCUCCAUAUCUUCAACUCGCUCAAGGCCCAUCUGACAGAGAAAGGCCUGCUACCGGCCCUGGAAGAGGCAGCCUAGCCUAACGGGCCAUCCCAGGGAGGGCCCAAAGCUGUGGGCAGAGGACAGAGGGAGGAGAUGGUCAUUACAGAAGCAGAUCCAGGCAUGUAUGGUAGUGGGAGAUGAGCUGGGGAACGUAGGAAGGAAAACAACAGAAAACUGAACUAAAAACCUUGGGUCAUUCCAUUUUCAGUGUGUUUGAGAGAGUGUGUGUAAAGAUCAGUGUUUUUGCUUAUUUUAUUUUCGUAAAUGUUUUAUGUUUAUCUCAUGUCACAAAAUGGUAUUAUAGAUAUGGAGAUGACACUUCAUCUGUGUUACAGUUAUUUUUAAGUUGAGCUGUACAUUUCCACUUGUGUACAAAUGUUCUGCACCUUUAGAGUGUCUGAAUAUUUUGUUAUAGUGUUUAUGGUUUAUUGUAUUUUGUUUUAAUGCACUGCUCAUCACACUGUCAUUUCAACCUCAGGCUAGCCUUUCUUUGUUUCUUUUUUCCAAAUGUUUUUCAAAGUUCCCAUAAGGCAUUGUUCAUUCAAAGAUUGUAUUUUUACCACAGAGCACUCACAAAUUUAGUGUGGAUUCAUAUUACUUUCCAUAGGUCUUGGUUGUGACCUGUUUGUAACAUCAUUUUUAAUCAAAGAGGAAUCUGGUCAUUGAUAUCAGAUGUAUGCUUCAACCCAAAAGAUGUGGUGACUGUUACAGUUUGGCUUUCUGAGACUGUAGGUAUACUUCUGACUGCAGUUGGGCAAGGAGAGGAAGCAGAUGUCAUAUUCUGUGUUUAAGAGGAUGUUCAGGUGUAGUCAGACUUUGAAUUACCAUGUACUGUGCCUCACUAUUUGGCUUCGGAUUAGUCUCUAUUAGAUGUAUUUUACACAAAAACAGCCCCCUAAGCCAAAGGGAAAAAGUAAAACAGUUUGAAGAAAGUGUCAUAAACAUGAUUUUGCACUGAAUGUUAAACUUUCACGUCAUAUUUCAUUGUAUAACACCUUAUUUUAUAAUUUAAAGUAUCAUUUGAAAGUUCUUUUGAUACUAAGCAGUUACAAACUAAUCUUAAUUGAGCCUAAAAUAUAUUUUCUUGUUUGCUUUGUGUCUGUGACUUGUUACAUGCUGUGAGUGAGUUAUCUUCAAAAACCUCAGGCUGGGAUAUGAUAAGUGAUUGAUUUUGGACGCUUUUUACAAGCGCAUAAAUGCUCCUUUUAUGCCAUUUUCACUGUAAAAAAAAAAAAAAAGCAGUUCGUUUGAUUUUUUUUGUUGUUGUUUUUUUUUUUUUGUUUGUUCCAUCUUUCCAUCUGGUUUGUUUUUACCAUUUUCUGUUGGACAACAUGCUCAAUACAAUAUUGUUAUAGUUCGGUCGUAUUAAUCAACAUGUGCCAUGUCAUCAUAAAACUGGAGAAACACUUGUUAUAUUGAGUAAAGGAAACUAAUGGAUGUCAAGGGAGCAGCUUUAAAAGAACAAUAAUAGUGCUAGAAUAACUUUGCCUGUAUGAGAUGUUUAGUUUGAGAUGAUUCAGGCUGCUUCUCUGGGUAGUCUGUAAGCCACAGUCUGUAUUCACGGUCCACUGCCAUUCGCCAAUAAAGAUCCAUGAACACAUACACUGGUGGCCAAAUGUUUGGAAUAAUGUACAGAUUUUGUUCUUCUGGAAAGAAAUUGGUACUUUCAUUCACCUAAGUGGCAUUCAACUGAUCACAAUGUAUAGUCAGGACACUAAUAACGUGAAAAAUUACUAUUACAAUUUGAAAAAAAAAAUGUUUUUAAACUACUUAAACUACUUCAAAGAGUUCUCAUCAAAAAAAUCCUCCAUGUGCAGCAAUGAUAGCUUUGCAGAUCCUUGGAAUUCUAGCUGUCAGUUUGUCCAGAUACUCAGGUGACAUUUCACCCCAUGCUUCCUGUAGCACUUGCCAUAGAUGUGGCUGUCUUGUCGGGCACUUCUCACGCACCUUACAGUCUAGCUGAUCCAACAAAAGCUCAAUGGGGUUAAGAUCCAGAACACUCUUUUCCAAUUAUCUGUUGUCCAAUGUCAGUGUUUCUUUGCCCACUCUAACCUUUUCUUUUUUCUUUCAAAAGUGGCUUUUUCUUUGCAAUUCUUCCCAUAAGGCCUGCACCCCUGAGUCUUCUGUUUACUGUUGUACAUGAAACUGGUGUUGAGCGGGUAGAAUUUAAUGAAGCUGUCAGCUGAGGACAUGUGAGGCAUCUAUUUCUCAAACUAGAGACUCUGAUGUACUUAUCCUCUUGUUUAGUUGUACAUUUGACCUUCCACAUCUCUUUCUGUCCUUGUUAGAGCCAGUUGUCCUUUGAAGACUGUAGUGUACACCUUUGUACGAAAUCUUAAAUUUUUUGGCAAUUUCAAGCAUUGUAUAGCCUUAAUUCCUCAAAACAAUGUUUGACUUAUGAGUUUAUAGAGAAAGCUGUUUCUUUUUUGCCAUUUUUGACCUAAUAUUGACCUUAAGACAUGCCAGUCUAUUGCAUACUGUGGCAACUCAAAAACAAACACAAAGACAAUGUUAUAAAAAAUAGCUUUCAGCUAUAUUUGAUAUAAUGGCAAGAGAUUUUCUAGUACCAAAUUAGCAAUUUAGCAUGAUUACUCAAGGAUAAGGUAUUGGAGUGAUGGCUGCUGGAAAUGGGGCCUGUCUAGAUUUGAUUAAAAAUGACUUUUUUCAAAUAGUGGUGGUGCUGUUUUUUACAUCAGUAAUGUCCUGACUAUACUUUGUGAUCAGUUGAAUGUCACUUUGGUGAAUUAAAGUACCAAUUUCCUUCUGAAACAGCAAAAUAUGUACAUUAUUCCAAACUUGUGGCCGCCAAUGUAUAUGAGCAAAUAGUUGUGCUUUCAGACUGAUGUAUAGAUUGAAAAAUAAGACCAUUUGUAAGGUGGUUUUUGUAAGACAAAAAGCAAAUUAUUACUUGAGUUUCCGGUGAUAAAGAGUUUUAUCCUCCAAUACAAAUCCACUGCCAUUUACCAUGAACAUAAGGCUUAUUUUCUUUAUUGCAUGAUCUUUUUUGGUCAGCUCAAGCCAUACCUUAGAAGGAUAGUUCAUCCAAAAAUGUUGUCAUUUUCAUGUUGUUCCAAACCCAUUUGACUUUCUUUCCCCCGUGGAACACAACAGGAGAUGUUAGACAGAAUGUUAGCCUCAGUCUCCUUUCACUUACAUCAUAUGGAAAAUAUACAAUAAAAGGGAAUGGGAACAUUCUGCCUAAAAUCUCCUGUAUUCUAUGGAAAAAAGCAUAUGGGUUUGAAACAGCAUGAGGGUAAGUAAUUGAUGACAGAAUUUUCAAAUUAGGGUGAACUGUCCCUUAAAUUAGUCUUAUAAUGACAAAUGAAAAAUGUUGUCAUGUCAUUAUGCUUGUGACUGCUGACGUAACAGCCAGUGUAUUAUAAUAUAAGCCUCACCACGUUCACUAUUUACCAUCAACGUCAUGCACGUUUUUUUUCAUCUUAUUUAAUCCUUUCAAAAAAACAAAACACACUAAAAUCGUGAUCUUCAGUGUUAAGUGGUGCAGAUAUUUUUCUUGCUUGCUUUUUAAAUCUUUUAAGAUAUUUGUAUGAAUUAUUUUGUUACUGUACCUUAUUAGGUUCCAAGUCCCAAUUUUAUAGAGAAUUACAUACCUUAUAUAAGGAAAGAUUAUAUAGUAUAUACUGUAUAUGUUUGAAGUAGAGAUUAUUCUAUUAUUAUUAUUGUUGUUAUUGUGUUUGGCUGCUGUUUCGAUUGGUUCUCUAGGCCAUUUUGUACUCUGUGUAUAUGCGUACUGGCCCCUGUGCUCAAAGAUUAGCGUACAAAGUUCAGACACAAAUUAACAGAGCAAUUAAAAUGUUUUAUAGCUAACAGAGAGAGAGAGAGGCUAGUCAUGUUGCUGGGCAACCACUGAUAUCAGGAGACUGGGCUGAAAUAUCUGUUUUUAAGUGGGAUGACAACAAAAACAAAAUUUUAAAGAGGUAAAUGUAUUAAAGUCUUAAAUACGUUAAAAGAUCUGGCUUACCUUGUUUCUGCAAUUGAAUUUCAGUGAUUAAAGGAAUAUUCAGUUUAACAUAAGUCAAGUUCAAUUGACAGCAUUUGUGGCAUAAUGUUGAUUACCACAAAAAUUAAUUUUUACUUGUCCCUCCUUAUUAAAAACAAAAAACAAAGAAGCAGCAAAAAUGGAGGUUACAGUAAGACACUUACAAUGAAAGUGAAUGGGGCCAAUUUUUGGAGGGAUUAAAAGGCAGAAAUGUGAAGCUUAUUUUAUUAAAGCACUUACAAUAAUU